AUGAAGAUAAUGGCGUACCUUGGUAUUACAGUAUUAUCUAUAUUAAUUCAAUUUAGUUUUAUGGAUUAUAUUGAUGAGAACAAUAUGCAGCUAGAUGAAGAUUUAAAAAACAUAUUUGAUCUCAAUAUUACUAGUCACAAGAAACACUUAAAUAAAGUUAUGUUUAAAAAUUUUGUUCAAAAGCGUCAUGCCUUUUAUUACCCUGCAACUCUAAAGAGAGCUAAUUCUUCGCCAAUCAAUAAUUCAACAUUGGCAGAAGUGCCAUUAGAAACUAGCACAGAUUAUUCAACUACAGUGGCGGAUGAACUAUACGAGGAUAAUGUGACCAAUACAGAUGUAGUUUACUCCACUACAGAAAUUGCAAAUGAAACCGAGACAACAUUAAUUUAUGAAAAAAAUAUUACAACGAUACCAAAGCUACCAAAGAGAAAUAUUGAUAUGGAAUGCAGAUGUAACUUAAUGUACAAAGUGUGUGAUAUUAAUUGUUGCUGUGAUAGCGAUUGUUCAGAUAGUGAUAUAAAGAUGUUUGUUAUUUGUAACGAAAACAUAAACAGAAAUACUGAACAAAGUGGAUACUCUUGCUAUCCUGAUACCACAAACAUGUAUGCACUAUCUAGAAGUAAUACAGUUGCAAAUUUAUUUUGUGUUGUCAAAAGCAAUUUACCCGUUAAACGGAACAUCAAAAUACAAACGUAUGAUGCCACUGCAAUUGAUAGAUCUUACAAAUGGCACAUGGAUAUUAAACAUAGACAUGUGAACGUGUUUAAAAUGCAGCCUUAUUAUUAUGGAGAUCCAUUGUGGGUUCUCAAAAAUGGAAAUAUAAGAUACAUGGAUUUACCAUGGCCUAUUGUGAACAAUUAUUGUACGGGUAGAAGACCUAUAAAAUUUUUAAUUGACGAAACAGUAACUUGUAAAGUUAAUUUAAAGGAUCUCGAAAUGUUUCAUAUUCUGAAGGCUUCAGAAGACGUGAGCCUCAUUAGUGUUGUAAAAAAUUCGUCGAUAACUCUCAAUAUGAAUUGUACAAAUCUUCAUUGUGUUAAUUGGACUAUUAUUGCGUGUAACGAUAUGCAGUGUGUACCUUAUAACAAAACUUUACAUGAGCCAUUAUGUUCUGACAGUUACUGCAAGAACAUUGCAUUUCAGUUUGAUUAUAUUUUUUAUUAUUAUGAAUCAAAGAUAAUUAAUGCAACCAUAAAACUGUAUAUACAGGAAAUAUCGACAGCCAUACCAUUUUUACAACAAAAAAUUGACAUAAGAUUUGUAAUCACCAAUGAAACGAUAGAUAAGAUCAUUAAAGUAAGUGGAAAUCCUGGUUAUGUGAGUGGUCUACCUAUAUUAAUAUCAUUGACAGAAAGUAAUCACAGUUAUAAUUUUUUUAAUAACACAUCAACAAACAAGAUUUACCUAUCCUAUCCUACAAAUAAAAAUGGAAAAUGUAUAUUCUCAAAUGUUACUAAUAAUUUAGUAACUUUCCAGUUUAACAAAAGAAUGAAAUGUCGUUAUCAACAUGCUGUUAACGUUACUGCUUACAGUGAUAGAGAGACUUGUAAAACACUUCAAGAUAGUAUACAUGAAUUGUUAGGAUUGCAACAUAAUAUUGUUAUAUCCCCCUAUGGAAAUUCACUUAACGUUAAAGACGACGAAUGGAUUCCAUUGCAAAAAAACAUUCCUGAUAAAAAUAUUGUUUAUGGUGAUUAUGAUACACAAAACUCAAAACUAAAUUGUUACAAUAUAAUAACUGGGAUUUCAUUAAUAUUAUCUUAUGCCGACAUCAGCGAAAAGGAUGGUGCAAAAUUAUUAACUGCUAAACUGGACACAAAUAUUAGAAAUAUAAGUAUGAACGUUGAAAUCACAGACAUUUCUACAGUAUUAACUGUGGACACAAUAUUCAUAGACCAAACAAAGCCGAGUGCAUAUGAAUAUGCAGCGGGGCCACAAUUGAAUAUUCACUUGCCAGACGAUUUCUUUUUCCCUUUUCCUUCCAAUGGAUCUUCAAUCAAUGGUUAUCACGUACCGUACCUUGUUGUUUACUUUGUACUGCUAUUUACAACUUAUCAAAUAAAAUAACUUGUGA